AUGGCUACAGAGCAAGCUAUCCUCGCUGAUCCCAGGCUUGCUGGCCCACCCUCAGUCUCUCGGAGUGACGAGAUACCCCUCCCGUCUACCCCAGUAACUCCAAGAUCCGAGGAUGACACUCCUCCGCUACAUGCCGUCAACGCCGCCCUCCGAUGGAACGGAUCAAAGACUAUGGUAUGGAGGGUUCUGGCAACAUUCUGGUGUGCAUUUGUGAUGGGCUCCAACGAUGCUGCAUAUGGAUCUAUCAUUCCUUACCUCGAGCUUUCCUACCAGAAGAACUAUACGGUUAUUUCACUAGUGUUUUUGUCGCCAUUCUUGGGCUACACUGUGUCUGCUAUUCUAAGUAACCUGAUUCAUCAACGUCUCGGCCGUCGAGGGGUGGCAUUUAUCGGCCCAGCAUGCCAUGUACUGGCCUUUGCAGUCAUAUCGACUAACCCGCCAUUUCCAGUCCUGGUGAUCAUGUAUAUCUUUGUUGGACUGGGAAGUGGUAUUCAAAAUGCAGGGUGGAACGUGUGGAUCAGUAGUCUGGCAAACUCCCACGAGGUUCUUGGAUGUUUCCACGGGUUUUACGGAGUGGGUGCUACAGUUAGUCCUCUCGUUGCGACAACCCUAAUCACGAAAGCCGGCUGGGAGUGGAACGCGUACUAUUAUCUGCUGACUGGAGCCGCGGUGCUUGAACUCAUCAAUGCCAUCAGCGCCUUCUGGACGGAAACAGGCUCAAAGUAUCAACAGGAUCAUCCAUCUGCCCCAGGCAGAGAAGGAGGUGGAUCUCUCAACCAGACCAGAGUGUCGCUCACCUACAGAGUUACCUGGGUAUGCGCCAUCUUCCUCUUCCUCUACGGGGGCUGCGAAGUUGCCAUCGGGGGAUGGAUCGUCGUGUUCAUGACAAACGUUCGCCACGGUAGUCCCUUUGCGUCCGGUAUGGCUGAAACAGGCUUCUGGCUCGGUGUCACGGUUGGCCGGUUCGUGCUGGGAUUUGUCUCUCCUCGCAUUGGAGAGAAACUCUCCAUUAUCGUAUACAUUGUUCUUGCUAUCGCCCUGGAAUUGAUUUUCUGGCUGGUUCCUGAUUUCAGCGUAUCGGCGGUAGCAGUUGCACUGGUUGGGUUUUUCCUGGGGACUAUUUUCCCAGGCGUUGUGGUCGUUGCUACUCGGAUGUUGCCCAAACAUCUGCAUGUGGCGGCUAUUGGAUUUGCGGCUGCGUUUUCUAUGGGUGGAGGAGCUGUCUUUCCUUUCAUGAUCGGUGCCAUCGCACAGGCCAAGGGCGUAUCUGUGUUGCAACCCAUUUUGCUAGCGAUGUUGGCCGUGGCUCUGAUGAUUUGGGGAACGCUGCUUCGGGCUCCAUCGCAACAGUUACAGCAUCAAGUUUGA